AUGGCCCCCUCCGCAGAUCCUCUACCAGUGGCGGUGCCCACAGCACCCACAUUCCUCGAACCAUCUCCUCCGACCCAUCCCGACCGGCUGUACGUCAACCGCAGCGCAAAGGCCUUUGGCAGCGGGGCAUUCUCGCUGGUCGACCUACCAGCCGGGGCACUCUUCGCCAAGAUCACCACCGCCACGCCGGGCAAGAAAGCGUACACGAGCGUGCAAACAGGGCGCGACACGCACAUCGAGCUCAAUUCCGACCUGGUGUAUUGCAACCACUCGUGCGCGCCGUCGCUGAUCUUCGAUAUGGCGCGCAUGGAGGUGCGCGUUGUCGACGAACGGCCGUUGAAGAAGGGCCAUGCGCUGACCUUCUUCUACCCGAGCACCGAGUGGGAAAUGGACCAGCCGUUUCAGUGCACCUGCGGGGCGGGUGAGGUCUGUUGUGGGUGGAUUCCUGGGGCGAAAACGAUGCCUCCUGAUGAGUUGGAUGGGUACUGGCUUAAUGGGCAUAUUGCAGAGUUGCUGCACGAGCGGCAUUGA